GUCGAGACAGAGAAGAGGAUCCGUCUCAAGGGGAAAGGAGGAGAAUAAGGAGGUCUGCACGGGCAAAUAUAGACAACAGUGUCAUCUCCUUCGUCGAGGCAAAGACUACUUUCGUCGAUAUCACUCAUAACGUCGAUCCCAUCGAGCUCUCUGAAUCUCGUCUCGGAACCAUGGUCUACCAAAAAUCGGCUGCUGUUGUCGCUCCUAUGGAGGUCAAGUCAGGGGACAAUCGCGAGCUCUCAAACCUCGUAAGCGCAGGCAAACCAACUUGCGAUUAUCAAUAG